AUGGAAGAGGGCGACGACUAUGGCACGGGGGGCCUGAUGGACGAUCCCGAAGACUACUACCCCUCUACCCCUCCACCAACGAAGCAAAUUUUCACCAUGGGAAGCGGCAAGGAGGUUGUUUUGCACUUGGUUGGCUCCAGCCCUACGGAGGCACAUCAUUUAUGGAACGGCGCAAAGAUCAUAUCGGACUACUUUGAAGAGGACCCUGCACGAGUACGAGGCAAGACUGUCUUGGAGCUAGGAGCUGCGUCGGGACUUCCUUCACUCGUGGCUGGUAUUCUUGGAGCAAAGAAGGUUGUCAUGACUGAUUUUCCUGAUCCGGAUCUCGUCAUGAACAUGCAGAAGAACAUUGAUGAGUGUGAUGAAACCACAGAGCCAAAGGGCCACAUUGCAAAGGCGAUUGAUGCGGCUGGGUUUGUCUGGGGUGGAGAUCCGGUGCCUCUCAUUGCCCGUCUUUCAUCUGAUGAAGACGCAUCAAGUUCACCAGCCGCAGAAAAGCGCUUUGAUGUUUUGAUUCUUGCGGAUCUACUCUUCCGACACUCAGAACAUGGCGCCUUGGUCAAGACGAUUAGGGAGACGAUGAAGGUUUCGCGAGAUAGCGCGGCCUACGUAUUCUUCACCUCGUACAGGCCGUGGAAGAAGGACUUGGACAUGGGCUUUUUCGAUGUGGCGCGCGAGGCAGGGUUCGAGGUGGAGCAGGUUUUGGAGAAGAAGCUGGAGAAGCCGCUCUUUGAAAACGACCCGGGCGAUUUGGAUGUGCAGAAGACGGUUAAGGGAUUUAUCGUGCGGUGGCCGGAGAGUGUGUAA